AUUAAUUUUCUUCGUUACACAGAAAUAUGAAAAUUAGGAUUUAUUAUUAUUAUUAUUAGUUUUUUAAUUAACUGACGUAACGCAUAUUUAGACCAAAGAUAAGUAAUUAGUACCGCAAAAAACGACCGUAUAGGAGGGAUUCAGGUGUAAAUGUACAAAUACCGCAGUCCAAGUACUGUAUAUCCAUCAGUCUCUUUUCGCUAUUUGUGUAAACGUUAAUAUUAACUACCAUCAUAUUUUGCAUAUAUCUAGUUGAUUCUACGUACGCAUUUUCAAAAUGGCCAUAAAGGUUCUUAGUAAUUUUUAAUAGAUAAAAUAGCAUUUUUCAAUUUUUUUAGCAAAAAACAAAUUAAAUAUACUGUACAGACAACACUAUUGUUAUCAUUAUCGUCGUUGAUUAGAAUUUUAUUGUAACAGUGUUUUAAAACUCACCUGUAGAGUAUACUACUUUUAACGCGUUAAAAAUAGUCAAUGCCCGACGUAAAAUUUAUUUAUCUCUAAAUAAUAGUGACAUUAUGAUUCUACGCAAAUAACCGAGCGAUUCUAUUCCAUAUGUGCGUGCACAGUCACUUUUCAUCGGUUCCCUAUAAAAAUAUCAACAGAAAAAUAUUUCGUAUGGGAGAAAUUUCGUAUUAGAGACAUUUGUUUUUGUUAACUCUGGAAAUGUGCACAAUAGUUUAUAAAUAGUAAAUUUGACCGGUUUAUACGACAUAAACGUUUCUCAUGCUCCUUUGUCUUUACACCUUCAAGCAUGUAGGGUCGCAGAUACUCUCGUUCUGGCAGCCUUUCGUUGCAUUGUUCUAUCCAACACUUGCCUACUCAAAUACUCUCCGUAUUCCUUACUUUCAUUCGCGAAUCCUUUUAUUUUCACAUACCCGACUACUCUGUCCGAUUUUCGUCUGUACACAAUAUGCAUAAUUCUUUUUAAUUUCGCAGACGAUCGUGUUCGCCGCGCUGUGCUGUCAAUUGGUAUUCGCCUAUCCGCCACAGCACUACAGCAGCCAUGACGAUCACCACGACGAAGCUUACACCACGACGAAGCUUACGNUCAAGAGCCAACACGAAGUGAGCGACGGACACGGAAACGUCAAAGGCUCGUACAGUCUGGUGGAACCCGACGGUUCUACCCGAGUGGUCGAGUACACGGCCGACCACGAACACGGUUUCGUGGCCAAAGUGAAGAAAAUCGAACCGGCCUACCAUCACCACGACGAACACGCGUACCAUCACGAACCCGCGGUCCAUUCGUCCUACACCCCCUACUCGCACAACAAACAGUACUAAUUCCGUUUUCUAUAUCGUCUCCAGCGUUCAGUUUAAAAAAACAAAAAAUCUAUGUAAAAUAUCGUUAUCGUUGUAAAAAUGUAAAAUAAUACCAUAAAGCAAUAAAUCUGUAUUACAUACC